AUGUGCGGCCGCUGGUGGAGCCCGGAGCGCCGUGUCGCACCUCGGGGCGUGGCGAGCCGCGGCCCAGGAGAGGGGUCGGUGCUGGGCCUCAGCGCCACGCUGCUGCGCCUGCAGGGCUUCUGGGGCCCGCAACACGGCGGCCGUCGCGUCGCCAGCGCCCUCGCUGCCGGUCUCUCGCUGGCGUUCUCGUGCGGGCUGGUGAUUAUGCCUCUCCUCAAGCUACUCAUGGAUCGUCCGCAAGAACUUGAGGAGUUAGCCACGUUUAUCUUCGUCGUAGUAAUAUACAGCGAAAUUUUUAUCAAGUUGGUGUGCUUCGUGGUGAAAGCGCCAACCUUGCGGGAGCUGGUGGAGCUGCUCUCCGAGACUGGAGUGGGCAACAGCACCGGCGAACGCAGUGACGACACUCGGCGACGCUACCAAAGACUCGGAAACAGCCUGCUCCUGGCCUCCUUGGGGACCACAACCGUGACAGUGGUUAUUUGGGCGGCUCCCCCACUGGUUCACCAGGUCCUCAACGCGGAAGACGAGGCCUCUUCCAGCAACAAUCGCUCUCUGCCCCUGGCCGUCUGGUUACCACUGGACAUGUACACGUCCCCCACAUACGAGGCACUCUACCUGAUACAGUUCCUGAGUAUGUUGUCCGUUGAUAUUGCUGUUGUGUGCACUGACUGUUUCUUCGUUGACCUCAUGCUGAGAGUUGCUGCUGAGCUGGAGAUUUUGAACGACAACAUUUCAGCUUUGCGUAAGUGGAAGACUUCAGCAACAUUAAAAAACCAAGACAAAUCAAGUGAAUGUAUCUCAGAUCUUGAGAUACAUCUACAGAUUUCGAAGAAUGUCAAGCACCAUCAGGCAAUUCUUAGGUUUGUAUAA